CUAUUUUGCUUUUGGUCCUGGAAGCUCCCAUUCAAGCAUGUGUUCUUGCUUGCUGUAUCCUCCCCUCCUCUUCUCCCUCCCUUUCCCUGUGGCAGGAACAUAAAGAAAGUGUCCCACUGCUGUUGAUCCUUCUGCUCUCUCUUUCUUUGGGGCCACCCCUUAGCUUUUUCUUCUCUUCCGCUUCUUUUUCACCCCAGGUAAUAUCUCAAGAAUGGAGGAUGACCAGAUCAUCAAGGUUAUCAGUGAAGAUGCCAGUCAUCAACCUGAAGACCAGCCACCGUUGCCCAUAAACAGCUCUGACUUGCUCCCUACUCAGAAUGGAUUAGAGAAACAAAAUGAAAGAUCGCCUCCCAGGCCUCUGUCCCCUGAGAAUGCAGCUCAUUCCCUGCCUGAAAUAAAGCUGUGUGAUAUAUCUGAAGAACUGAGCCGACAGCUGGAGGACAUUAUUAAAACCUACGGGUCAGCUGCCAGUCUGGUGGAGGACAGAAACGCUAAAGGAACAGACAAACCUGAGAAAGGAGAAUCAUUUAAUAACGAGGAUGGCGAAUAUGAAGAUGUCCAUGACGAGGCCGAGAAAGAACACAUUGCUUCUGGGGAUGCCUCCGGAUCAAAGGAGUCCACCACUGUUCAUAGAGAACAAAAACUGGAAAAGAAAAUCCUGAGGGGACUAGGAAAAGAAGCUACCCUGUUGAUGCAACAUUUGAACAAGCUGAAUACACCUGAAGAAAAGCUGGAUGUUUUAUUUAAGAAGUAUGCAGAAUUGUUGGAGGAGCAUCGCACUGAGCAGAAAAAGCUAAAAUAUCUACAGAAAAGACAGACACAGCUGGUAAAAGAGAAGGAUCAGUUGCAGAGUGAACACAGCAGAGCCAUCCUUGCCCGAAGCAAAUUAGAAAGUCUCUGCAGGGAGCUCCAAAGACACAACAAAACCCUGAAGGAGGAGACCCUCCAGCGGGCAAGAGAAGAAGAGGAAAAAAGGAAGGAGAUCACAAAUCAUUUCCAGGGCACACUGAAUGAUAUCCAAGCCCAGAUUGAGCAGCAAAGUGAAAGGAACAUGAAGUUGUGCCAGGAAAACACCGAGCUCGCAGAGAAAUUGAAAAGCAUCAUAGAUCAGUAUGAAGUUAGAGAGGAGCACCUUGAUAAGAUAUUCAAGCAUAGGGAGCUUCAGCAGAAACUGGUGGACGCCAAGCUGGAACAGUCACAGGAGGUGAUGAAAGAAGCAGAGGACCGACAUCAGCGUGAGAAGGAAUAUCUACUCAACCAAGCUGCAGAAUGGAAACUUCAGGCAAAAAUGUUGAAGGAACAAGAGACAAUUCUUCAGGCCCAGCUUACUCUUUAUUCUGAACGAUUUGAGGAAUUUCAGAAAACGCUGACAAAAAGCAACGAAGUGUUUGCCAGCUUCAAGCAAGAGAUGGAUAAGAUGACAAAGAAAAUGAAAAAGUUGGAAAAGGACACAGCUACCUGGAAAUCAAGGUUUGAGAACUGCAAUAAAGCUUUGCUGGAUAUGAUAGAAGAGAAAGCAAUGCGAGCCAAGGAAUAUGAGUGCUUUGUAGUGAAAAUUCAAAGGUUAGAGAAUCUCUGCAGAGCGUUGCAGGAUGAAAGGAAUGUACUGUAUAAAAAAAUAAAAGAUGCACAAUUUCCUGAAGAAAAAAAGGAGGAAGAUGAGGAAGAGGAAGAGGAAGGAGAAGAACAGAGUGGAGCAGAACCUAGCUUGGAAAAGGAGGCUACCACAAGCUCCUCUGUAACAAGUGAGGUGGUUGCUGAGCUAUCUGCCACUAAUGAGAAUAUCCUGAAAAAUCUGGCCACUGCCUUCAUGGUCAUGCAUCAUAUGGAAAUACCCAUGGCAACUUCUGACAAAGAAAUAGCUGAAGAACCACAAGACCUACAAACAUGCAGUCCUCUUUGUCCCUCGGAGCCAACUGUCCCUUCUCCUGUGGCUCAAGACGCAGGGAGUUCUUCCAUGCAGCCUAAAGCAGAAGAGCAUGAAAGGGACACAGCAGAGCAGCAGGAUCAAGAUCAGACAGUGUUGAAGUUACUAGAUGCUGACAUGGAAGGAGUUGAUUAGUGAAUGGUGCUGUGAACUGAUGGCAUGUUUCUACCAAAAUGGCAUUUUCUCCUAAUUUUUAAGGAGCAUAUAAUAUGAUUUGAACAGUUUUCAAGGAUUUGCUCUGUAGGAUCACAAAGUCCAUCUCCACAACAUUUAAGAUAGGAUUUCAGCUUACCAUUUGGUUCUUCAUCUCAUUAAAGCCAAAUAUUUUCCUAACGUGUAGAGAAGAAGCAGGACCCCUAUGUGCCCUUAAAAGUAUAUUCAAAACAAUUCAUAGGUCCUACUUUUCAAAGUUUUUAAUUCAGCACACUCCCAGAAGCACAAGCUGUUCAUGCUAGUUUAACAACAAAUAAUUUUAAAUACAAAAUAAAAUAUUUUAGGACAACUGGACCCAAUAUCCUUUACACAACAGAAGUUGCAAAGCUAUGAAAGUAAGUUUCAAAUUUAAUAAAAGUAAAGAACAAGGUGGAAAAUAAAGCACAGUGUGACAAAACCAGGCAUCUCAAAUGCUCUUUAUGUGUGUAAAGUGAAAUUCUAUCAGCAUUAUCAUUUCUGUGUCUGAUAUUUAAGUCACCUCUUUCAGACAUGUUCACCCACUUUCAAACAUUGGCGUGUAUAUCCCUGAAAUGCUGCUUCUUUUGUUUCUGCUUAUCAAUUCAAUCCUAUCUUUAUCACAAAAAAGAUUUGUGGCUUCACCCUCAAUGCCGACCUACCAGAAGGCAGUCACUGCAAUCGAAGGAAGUCUGUUGCUCUGGAAGCUAGUGACAUUUCCACCCCUUCUCAUAAUGAUUGCCACUGCAAUGAGCAGAAAUUCCUCUUAAUUCCAGAGGUGCCACACACAUGUGGAGGGUGGAACAGCAGUGAGCUGCUUCCUAAUUGGCAGUGGAACAGACCUCCAUCAAUCACAGCAGCUGCUUUCUAGUAAAUGAAGAUUGGGAUAAUUUCAUGGUUCUUACAUAGCCCAUAUUCUAGAGACUAUGUAGGAGUUGUGAAUACACCAAAGUCAUGAAUUGUAACUACAUGUUACACACUUGUAACUGCCAUACAGGUGUCCAGACUAUAUUAUUGGUUUUUUUCUUUAUGCAAAAGUUCAUAUAACCCAGCGAUUUAGCCAGCAAAUUGAAAAGUUCACUUUUUUAUUUUACUAUCCAAGUUGCUAAGUAUGGAAGCAGACACACUUUAAAUAUAUUUGAAUUGAAAUCAAGGGGGUGCCUUUUCUCCUAACUUUUAAGGUUUGAAGAGUUAGUCACUUCAAACAGGAUCCUAUUCCUAACAUCUUUAGUAUUUCAGAGGACACAUUGACCUGACAGGAGCUACAGUGUGUGAUUUUCCUGGUAGUUCCUUGCAGUCAUAUUUGGAAAAUACCCACAACUAUCUGAAACAAAUCAUUUCAGUCACCUCAAUUUUACACAUGAAAGUAGUUUUAGGGAUGAGAAACACUUUCAAAGAAAUGAUACUGACCCAAGAGCAUGGGUCCUGCACUUCUUUUGAGAGUUUGCUCUUAAGAUCAGACCAGAAGCCCCCCCCCCCAAAAAAAAAAACACAAUGUGUAAAUUAUCAAAAGUAAAAAUGAUUGGACUCCCUAAAGGUCUAGGGUAUAAAACAAAAUAUGGAAAUCAGCAAUCCUCAUAAUAGCUGUACUAUUUUAUCUUUUGCUUUGCAGUAUAAUGGAUAUUUCUUUUCAAAAUGCACUGUAAUUGCUGUGUCAUUAUCCAAUCCUUUUUUGCAAAAACUGAAUAUCUAUGCUUGCAUUCCCUACCUUCAUAUUCCAAUGUUGUGCUACUAAAUAGUCAUUUUUCAGGCAUGCGUGCUACUCACUGAUGUGCCUUCUUUUCAAUACUUAUACUCUAAUUAUUUAAACAUUUGCAGUCCAGCACAUUAUUUUGUCAUUAAGUUCUACUGAAUCAAACUUGUAAUGGGAUGCUGGGUGGGCGUAACUGUAUUGGUAUUUAUUGAAAUUUUAUUUAGAAUUGAAUGAAUUCAGUUAUAGCCUGAAUUUGGAUUAUUAACAGUUUGUUUAUUAUACUGAGUUAAUACACUUUCGAUGAUUA